AUGACACGACACUCAGAAGGACAGACGUCGUCUCAGUUUGGAAAGAAGUGCAAAAGUGAAAAGCAUGUCUCUUUUCCUCCGGAUGAGCAGAUUGUGUCAGGCACUUCAGAAUGUGAGAAGAAACAUCAUGAUGCUGAAAGAUACACAUUGUCAGAGAUAAUCCUGGCCUACAAGCAGAGCUGUGAGAAGCAUCAAGUGGAACCCAACUCAAAGAUCUUGGCUCAAUUAAUGGAAAUUACCAAUUUGAGUAAUAGGGCCAGGUGUCUUGAUCUGAAAGGUGAACGAUUAGAUUACCGUUCUUGUGAGUCUCUUGAGGAGAUAUUGAAAUCAGUACAGUUUGAUUUCAUCAAUCUGCAGGAAGCUGACCUUGAGGAAAAUGGAGCAACCUCUUUGCUGGAUAUGAUUCUGUACUAUGAGUCAGCUACACACCUUAAUGUUUCUUCCAACACAACCAUGGGUAUCUCGGGUUGGCAAGCCCUCUCACACAUGAUCAAGCAGAGCCUUUGCCUGUGGAGACUGGAUGCCUGUAACAUGCCUAUAGUAGAGUAUCCUGUGCAGGCCUUGUCAAAAGCCCUUCUCACCAGCAGGCUGACAGUGCUACAUCUUGAAAACAGCUGCCUGAGCGGCAAGCCCCUCUUCACACUCGUUGGUGCUCUGAGGAAGAAUAGAACUCUCCAAGAGCUCUGUCUGGCUAACAACGAUCUGAACAGCUACCAAGAUGCUAUGCAGCUAGGAGAACUUCUCAAGUAUAACAGCAGCCUCCGUGUACUAGACCUCAGUAAUAACCUCAUAUCAGACACAGGUCUAGAGGAAAUAUGCCAUGGCCUGAGAGGUCAGAAAGCUGGUCUGAGAACCUUGGUGCUCUGGAACAACCAAAUUACACACCGUGGCAUGAUCCAUCUAGAAGAUGUUCUGCCUCAUUUAAAGAUACUUGAAACAUUAAACCUAGGAGGGAAUGAUGUGAAAAAUACAGGCAUCCAUGCGCUGAAGGAAUCUCUUAUGAUAAACCGCUCUAUAUCGCAUCUAGGUUUGGUCAGUACGGGGAUCACUUGUGAAGGUACUGUGACUUUGGCAGAGAUCCUAGCUGAGAAUCCAAAGAUUCAGCGUCUUGACCUACGUCAGAAUCGUAUUCUCACUGGGGGACUUAUGGCUCUUUCACUAGCUUUGAAGAUCAAUUGUUCUGUCACAAAACUGGACUUGGAUCAGAUUCUCAAAGAAGAAAAGGAGCGGGCGUCUGCUCCGGUUAGCGAUGAAGACAUCAGCGUGACAGGGACCCUGAGAGAGGAUCAGCUGGUGUGGUGGGCACCACUAAUAAAGCGCGGGGCUGUGAUGUCCAAACGGACAGGCCGCAGACAGCUGCUUGCCAGUAUCCCCAGGCCAGGUCGGACAGGAAGCCAGGAGGGAGCUUCUCUGCAUGGGAGUGGGCAUCCGGCGCUAGAGUGA